CCUCGUCCUCAGACCCAGAGCGGAGCCGCAUCCCGGGCCCAGCACCUCCACAGAACACACAGAAGAGCACCAGGACCGCACACCGGCUCCGACCAGACCCGAACCUACACCCGGACCCGGACCCUCAGGAUGUGGAAGCUGCUGUUCGUGUUGGCCUUGUCCGGCUGGGGCUCGUGCAGGGCCAGUGACGUCCUGGACUACACCGACGACGAUUUCGAAAGCAAGAUCGGAGACCACGACCUGGUCCUGGUCGAGUUCUUCGCACCAUGGUGUGGUCACUGUAAACGUCUGGCUCCUGAAUAUGAAGCGGCCGCUACUCGUUUGAAAGGAAUUGUCGCUCUGGCCAAGGUGGACUGUACCUCCAACAGUAACACCUGCAGUAAAUAUGGAGUCAGCGGAUACCCAACCCUGAAGAUCUUCAGAGACGGAGAAGAGUCUGGACCCUACGAUGGACCCAGAACCGCCGAUGGAAUUGUAAGUUUCCUGAAGAAACAGGCUGGUCCGGCAUCUGUGGAGCUGAAGACUGAAGCUGAGCUGCAGAAGUUCACCUCAGACCAGGACGCCAGCGUCGUAGGUUUCUUCGCGGACCCUCAAAGUUCAGCUCAGUCCGACUUCCUGAAGGCGGCCAGUUCUCUGAGAGACAACUACCGCUUCGCUCACACCAACAGUGAGGAUCUGCUGAAGGCCCAUGGCAUCGACACAGAGGCCGUCGUACUGUUCAGACCUCCGAGGCUCUACAACAAGUUUGAAGAUCCUACAGUGAAAUACAGCGAAGAGAAGUUCACCAAACAAAUAAAGAGGUUCAUCCAGGACAACAUUUUCGGAAUCUGUCCUCACAUGACGGACGACAACAAAGACCAGCUGAAGGGCAAAGACCUGCUGGUGGCCUACUAUGACGUGGACUACGACAAGAACCCCAAAGGGUCCAACUACUGGAGGAACAGGGUGAUGAAAGUGGCCAAAGGUUUCCUGGAUCAGGGGAAGAAGCUGAACUUCGCUGUUGCCAGUAAGAACGCCUUCAUGCACGACGUGUCCGAGUUCGGACUGGACGGCAGCUCAGGAGAACUUCCUCUGGUCGCCAUCAGAACCGCCAAAGGAGACAAAUACGUCAUGAGCGAGGAGUUCUCUCGUGACGGUAAAGCCCUGGAGCGUUUCCUUCAGGAUUACUUUGACGGAAAGUUGAAGCGGUACCUUAAAUCGGAGCCGAUCCCCGAGAACAACGACGGACCCGUGAAGGUGGUUGUCGCUGAGAACUUCGACUCCAUCGUUAACGACGACAGUAAAGACGUUCUGAUCGAGUUCUACGCCCCGUGGUGUGGACACUGUAAGAACCUGGAGCCCAAAUACAAUGAGCUGGGAGAGAAGCUCAUCAAUGAUCCAAACGUGGUCAUUGCCAAGAUGGACGCCACUGCUAAUGACGUCCCAUCGCCGUACGAAGUCAGCGGUUUCCCUACCAUCUACUUCUCUCCAGCCGGACGUAAAAUGAGCCCAAAGAAAUAUGAGGGCGGUCGUGAGGUGAGCGACUUCGUGGCGUACCUGAAGAGGGAGGCGUCCAACGUGUUGGUGAUGCAGGACGAACCCAAGAAGAAGAAGAAGAAGAAGGACGACAAGUCUGAACUAUAAGACCGGGACCAGAACCAGGACCAGGAGGAGCGGGUUUACAUCCAAUCCAGUCUCUGAACUCUCUGAAGCCCCUCCCCUUUCUGCUCUGAAGCCCCUCCUCCGUUAGAUCCUCCUGCUCUGAACUGUAAGAGGCGGGGCCAAAGCCUAAUCCGCCCGGCAACAAAAGAAAAAAACAAUUUUAGGGAAAAGAGGGGACGCUUUAGAAAAAACCAGAUAAUUUCAUUUUUCUGUCGGCUUGAAACUGACGCACUGAGCUCCGACGGGGUUAAAGGUUACUGGGUGGGGGAUCCCUUUGGGUUGGUUUUGUUUUUUUUGUUUUUUUUUUGUUUUUUUUCCACUUCUCUUGUUUUUGUACAUUUGGAAGGAUUGUGAAAUAAAACGGCCCACAAAACCAAAAGGCAUCUGAAUGAAUUUAU